ACAAUACAGGCAGCAGCUCUCAGCAGUCACAGACUCUGCAGCAAAGAUGAAGAAGAGCGUCUUUCCAAAUUUUGCUCUCAAGAAACUCGGCACCUUUGUCGCAAUCAUUGUGAUUUUUAUUCACAAUGUUGUGCUCGACAGGGAUUUGAAGUGCAAUUGUGAGGCUCCAGGUCGCGGCUGCAAUUCCUUCAUGGCUAUGCCGUUCUUUAUUAUAUUUUUUGUCCAACUCUGGACGGACAAGACGUUUCUGAGAGCCUGGAAAUAUGCCUGUACCUCUACCUGUAUCAGUAGUGUUUGGGCUUUAUUGUGUCAUAUCAUCAAAGCAGGGUUCAUAGGUUUGAUUUGGGUCAUCUCUGUGCUGAUCGAUGGAGACUGGUGGGUUUGCUGUAAGAGUGAUAAAAAGUUGGCCUGCAAACCUCAACAAAACCUCACGGCUCAGGAUCACACAACCAUCGCUGAACUGAAAAUCGAGUCCUUGAUUGCUGGCAUGUCGACCCUCCUUGCUAUCCUGCUGCUUGCCUUUAUAUCAUCAUUUGUACCAAAGAACUGCUCUGAAGAAUCCAGGCGCUACAACAUGAAGAUUCAAUAUUACAGUGUGGUUUUGGACGAAGAGGAAAAUGUGCUGAAAGAAAUUUUGACAAAAUCAGCAAAAGACCAGUUGACUGGAAUCAUCAUUAACAACACAUGGGACAAAUGGUAUGUUGCUGCUGAAGAUGUGCUAAAGAAAUCUCCUGAACCAAGCCUUUCUCAACAACAGCAGGAAGACCUGAAGAAAUGCAAAAACCCGAGCAACAGCAACAACAGCAAUGGCCGUGACGGAGCACAGGACAAUGACACAGACCGUGCCACAGGACAGCCAGGAGAAAAUCUCCCUCUUAUGGAGCGUCAUGGAGCAGCAGGAAACCAGGGGGGCGGUGAGGAUCCAGGUCCAUCCGGCGUGCAGUAAAGAUGUGUCGGCCAUGACGGUCACAUGUUGUCACCGUGUUUUAAUCUGUUCUUAUGUUUAUCAGUUAACUGGAGCUGUGCUUUGUUACGAGGGUUUAAAUGAAAUGUCUCUACUGUGAUUCAUAUUUUCUGUAUUUGUGUUUUAAUGACAUUUUUUCACCUUCAUCAGAUCAGUGUGUUUUAGCUUUUACAGCUUGUACCGUUAGCUAAAGUUAGCAUGCUAACAUUCAGAGUUUCGUCUGUAUUUCAUUGCUUCAUAAACGAAUGACAUUCCCAUCAUCCUCAGCUGUUCUCUGGUUUGUUGCUGACUGAUCAGCGUGUAAAGCUUAAAGGCCCACAGCUGUCUCCAGAACCAUCAGAGGAAACCAGGAGAGGACAGAAACCAGAGGACAGAAACCAGGAGAGGACAGAAACCAGGAGAGGACAGAAACCAGAGGACAGAAACCAGGAGAGGACAGAAACCAGAGGACAGAAACCAGGAGAGGACAGAAACCAGGAGAGGACAGAAACCAGAGGACAGAAACCAGGAGAGGACAGAAACCAGGAGAGGACAGAAACCAGGAGAGGACAGAAACCAGAGGACAGAAACCAGAGGACAGAAACCAGGAGAGGACAGAAACCAGAGGACAGAAACCAGAGGACGGCCGACACGUCCACAGCUGCUCUCAGAUCAGAGCCACCUGUGGAGAGGUCAGACCUCUGUGUGGGCAGCAGGCUUUUGUUUAGCAGGAACGUUAUGAUGCUAGCACGCUAAGCUAAGAUGGUGAACAUUAUGAGUGCAAACCACCACUAUGAUCACCGUUAAAAUAAAGCUGUGUAGACAGUGUAGGCCGACUCCAUUCUGAAUAAUGAUCGAACAAAGAUGGUGGGACCAAACAGGAUCUCCAUGACGACCACAGAGGAGACGGAGACAACAGAACGCUGAACGUGACAACGUGUUCUGCUGCUAAACCUCACACAGAAUAAUAUUUUUAUUAUUAUUAUUAUGAUUUUGAUUUAUACAAUUCAGACUGACUUAAGGAAAUGAGAAAAAAAUGUAAAUGUGAAAUUGAUUUUAUGUUGAAAAAGACAUUCUUUGGCAAAAAUAUAUUUUUCUCAGCUUUUUGCCUGAAAAAUGCACAGAUUCAAGUGUUGAUAAAAAUAAAUGAAAUAAGACGUAAUAAAAUGUUUUUUAUGUGUGUAUAAAAACAGAAGUUCUCUUCUUCAGUUUGAUGUUUAUACUGUUUACAUAUUCAGAGAAUAAAUUAUUCUGUGGGUCCUGAAAGAUCAGUAAGAAACCUCGGAGUAAUAUUUGACCAAGAUUUGUCUUUUAAUUCUCAUUUAAAACAAACCUCACGGA